AUGCCUGCCGGCUCUAAAGACAGCGCGAAGCGCAAAAGGACUUCCACGGGAGACAAAGUCACCAAAGUCACCAAGAGGCGGCGAUCUUCAAAUGAAGAGGCCGAAGACCCAAACGCAAAGAUUCUCCUCAUGGAGCAGGGCAUCCUGGAGUCCAAGAAAAACUACAACGAUAUUGCAACUCUUCUGAGCAUCGCCAGUCGCUACGAGGAUGGAGAGGACGAGUCAACGCUUGCCGCUGUGACUCUGUGCCGAAUUUUUCUACGAUUGCUGGCCCAAGGCUCCCUCAUUGCAAAGAAGGGCUUGUCAGAGAAGGAUUCCGUGGUCGUUGGCUGGCUGAAGGAUCAGUUUUCUCAGUACAAGACGCUGUUGCAGAACAUGCUAGGAGAUGAAGACCUUGCUGUGACUGCGCUUACUCUCUGCAUGAGGACUCUGAAGGCAGAAGGAGAACAUCUCUACGACAAGGAAGAAUACACAUUUCCACAGGCUUUUCUGGAGAACAUCGUUGCAGUUUUGAUCACAUCAGAUAACGAGGAUGCGAGAAAAGCGUUUCUCGAGUCCUAUGUGGAAGAGUAUGAUGAUAUCCGAUACUACACCUUCAAAUCAGUAAAGGCAAUCUUGAACCGACUGGACAAAGAUGAUAUUCCAGACAACUUGUUCGACCAAGUGUAUGCUUUGUUGUCUGCCUUGGACGGCGUCCCCCAAAGCGCCGAGGAGCUCGAGGACUUUUACAUCCCACGUCCUAAGAAGAAGUCUCACGAUUUGAGAUCAGCCAUUCAGCACAAGCGGCAAGGACAGGACGCAUGGCUAGCCAUUCUAAGUAUUGUGCAGAGCAAAGACGAGCGUAAACGUAUCCUCAGCGUCAUAUCCACAAACAUUGCUCCAUGGUUCACAAAGCCAGAGCUUCUAUCCGACUUCCUGACGAGCUGCUACAACACUGGCGGCUCUAUGUCCCUGUUGGCCUUGUCCGGCGUCUUUUACCUCAUCCAGGAGCGAAACCUAGACUACCCAUCAUUUUACACCAAGCUUUACUCUCUUCUUGACAAAGAUAUCCUUCACUCCAAGCACCGCUCACGCUUCUUCCGCCUCUUGGAUACGUUCCUUGGCUCAACGCAUCUUCCUGCUGCUCUGGUCGCCAGCUUUAUUAAGAGGCUUUCACGACUCUCAUUAAAUGCCCCACCAAGUGCCAUUGCGACGGUGGUUCCUUGGGCUUAUAACCUCCUGAGGCGCCACCCGACGUGCACAUUCAUGAUCCAUCGAGAUGUUCAGGAUCCGGAGCUGAAGAAGCACAUUCAGAACAACGGCGCAGAAGACCCAUUCAACGCCACCGAGACGGAUCCCAUGGAUACCGGCGCCAUCGACAGCUGCUUGUGGGAGAUUGUUCAGCUGCAGUCACACUAUCACCCCAACGUUGCAACGAUUGCCAAGAUCAUUUCUGAGCAGUUCACCAAGCAGUCGUACAACAUGGAAGACUUUCUCGAUCACUCAUACGCCAGUUUGCUGGACGCAGAGAUGGCAAAGGAUAUCAAAAAGGCCCCGGUGGUGGAAUUCCAGAUCCCCAAGAGAGUUUUCUUGCCCCAAGACGAACCUGCCGCUAAUCCAGACAGUCUCCUGGUGAAGCUGUGGGACUUUGGAGAGCCAGCAAAGGGUGUGGCGGCUGCAUAA